AUGAACCGGCUCUAUCCCAAAGCCACCCAGAACCGUCUGCGCUUCGGCCAACACGGCUUCCAACGUACCCAUGCCUUUCUCAGGGCCGUGCUGACCAACUUCGUCUUGCUGCAGCUGCUGUUUCUUGGCUUGUUCUGUUAUAUAUUUGGCUCGUUGUUCCAGCAGACCCAGCACACGCACAACUUGACCAUUUUGUUUGUCGACUACGACCAGGGCGCCAUCGGGCGCGCCGUGCGCACCGCCUACGCAUCCCUUGCCAGCGACAGCUUCCCCACGCUGGUCGAGCAGCCGCCCAGCGCGUAUCCCGCGCCGGCGGCCGACGUGGGCGCCGCCGUCUGCGCCACCGACUACUGGGCCGCGCUGUACGUGGCCGCGGGCGCGUCCGCCCGGCUGCAGGCGGCGUUGCGCGACAGUAACAGCACGGCAGCCCAGAACUACAACGCGACCGAUGCGCUCUUUUAUACGUGGGACGAGGCGCGCUACCCGACGGUCGGGGACCCGGCGGUGGCCGGCAGCCUCCAGACGCUCGCCGACGACGCGCGCGGGGCCUAUGUCGCCGCCGACAACGGAUCGCUGGUGCCCUGGCCCCUGGGCAGCCCGGCGGCGGCGGCCGUCCUCGUCAACCCCUGGACGCUCACCGCGACGGACCUGCAGCCGACGCCGCAGGGGUCGCGUGCCAUUUACAACACGCUCGUCAUCAUCCUGAUCCUGAUCCAGGAGUUCUUCUACCUGGGCACCAUCAACGGCCUCUACGCGAGCUUCCACAUCUACAGCCGCAUCCACCCGGCGCGCGUCAUCGCCGUGCGCACCGGCAACUCGCUGGCGUACACGUGCGUGGGCGCGCUGUGCACGGUGGGCGCAAUCUGGGCCUUCCGCGCCGGCUGGCCCGUCGGCGGCGCGCAGUUCGCCGAGUCGUGGAUGGCGCUGUGGCUGUUUGCGCACCUCAACUUUCUGACGCUCGACGUCUUCACUGUCUGGCUGCCGCUGCCCUACGUGCCCAUGGCGCUGAUCACCUGGGUCGUCGUCAACGUGACGUCCAUCCUGCUGCCGUUUGAGCUGUCGCCGGCCUUUUACCGCGUCGGCUACGCGCUGCCCGCGCACAACGUCUACCAGGUGCUGCUGGACGUGUGGUCCCUCGGCUGCAACAGGUCGCAGCUGCACAUCGCGCUGCCCGUGCUCUUUGCCUGGGAGGUCGCCUCGCUCGUCCUGAGCGCCCUCGGCGUCUACCGGCGGUCCCACUACGCGGCGCUGGCGGACGAGGCGCAGGCGCGGGAGUUGCGGGAGCGCGUGGACGCGGCCCUUGCGUUGAAGGAAACCCUUGCCGAGGAGGCGGCGACGGCCGCGGCAGCGGACAACGAGGAGGCGGUCGCGACGGGCCCCAGCCAGGCUGCAGUACGUGCGCCAGACGCAGCUUCGCGCACUGUCACCCGCCGAGACAGCCAGGCACUGCGCCGCGAAGUCACGCAAGCCAUCAGCCGCGAAAACCAACAGAUCCAGAGGGAGCAGCAUCUGGCCGGCCAGCUGUGUCGGUUUGGGCCGUCGUUUGACCUUGCAUUUGGGCCUGGUGCAGAUGACAGCAGACGCAGCAGCGAUAUCGACGAAGGCGACGAAGGGCCUGAGCCAGUAGAGGAUAGGCCGUGA